GGCCACGGAUAACGCAAAAGGCGGGGAGCGCAGGCGCCCCAUCUUGAGAAACUGAGAGGCUUUGAAAAAUCAGCCUGCGAACUAUAUCGUGAGGACGGUGGGGGUGUCUUUUCUUUCAGCCUACCCUAGGAACAUAACUAGCUAAAACGGCUUGGUAGUGCCUCCCUCUGCUCUCCUUGGGCACUUGGUACGUUCCCACUCUAACUCUGGGAGAUAAAUAGAGGCAAGUGAAGGAACCGGCUCCGAACCGACUGCCUUUCAUUGCAGCGCACGGGAAAGCGCCUUUAUUGUCCAACCCGAAAGAGGCUCUCGAAAGUGCAUCAUGGAUCAUUCUAUGCAAACAGAAGUGUGGAAACCACAAACGUUGGAAGAACUGAUUCAAAUCCUGCAUCAGUUGUUUUCUGGCGAUAAAGUCAAUGUGGCAGAAGUGCAAACCUUAAUGGAAUCUUACGAGAGCAACCCGCCGGAGUGGACUAAAUAUGCCCAGUUUGACCAAUUCAGGUACACAAGAAAUCUUGUGGAUAAAGGAAAUGGAAAGUUCAAUUUGAUGAUCUUAUCCUGGGGAGAAGGCCAUGGCAGCAGUAUCCAUGAUCACACAGAUUCGCACUGCUUUAUGAAGAUACUUCAAGGAAAUUUAAAGGAGACGCUGUUUGAGUGGCCUGGCAAAAAGGGGACUGAAGAGAUGCUGAAGAAAUCGGAAAGGGUUUUGAAAGAAAACCAGUGUGCCUAUAUUAAAGACUCCAUUGGCUUGCAUCGUGUGGAGAACCCAAGCCAUACAGAAACUGCUGUUAGUCUCCAUUUGUACAGUCCACCCUUUGAAGCUUGCAAUACCUUUGACCAAAGAACUGGACACAAACAAAAAGUUAAAAUGACGUUCUAUAGUCAGUUUGGAGAAAGGACUCUAUAUGCAACAACAGUUUCACAAGAGAACAACUGAAAAGCACAAGACCUGCUGGUUUGUUUUUAAACCAGAGCAGAAGGAUUGUAUGGUUGAUGCAAGUACCAAGCUGUGUCUGAAUAAUCUUUAUGUAGGACUACAAUAGAACAGCUUCUUGGUCAUGUAGUUAUAAUUCAUGAUUCUUCUUUUUCUGAAUACUAAAGGGAGUAGUGUGACGUAUUGGUGCAGAAUUCAGAUGUCUCUUGCAGUCUACCAUAAAGCCAGGGUCCUUUUUUGCCUCAUUUCUACUUUUGGGACUAUGUACACAACUUCAGCAUUCGGGCUUUUGAGUAUGACUUGAUUCUCUUAACAGCCCUACCAGUUUGAAUGUAUGCCAGUUUUACUAGUAAUGUCGCUUGUUAACAUUAACUUGUAUUCAUUUAUACUCUGUACUGUAUACUAUUAACCACCUCAUUUUAUCCUUGGUUUAAUGAUCUGUUGGAACUUUUAAAAAUUGUUUUGCGCAUUUUAAAAUCUUAUGUGUUAAGACCUGAUUUUAAAAAAAAUAUGGAAGCAAUAAUGAAUGUCUUGUACAAUGGUUUUGUUCUGUGAGAAAAAGUCUGUAAAAGUUGUUAAUGAUGUUGAAUUGGAUCAACUUUUAGUUUUUAAAGUGAGUUGUAUUACAACCUGCCCAACAACCUAAAUAAAACUGAAUAUGGCCACA